GGUUUUCGUACUCGAAAAUGUCAUCUGAAAUGUUUUUUCUAUGAAUCAGUUUUACAUCACUUGUGUGUAUGUAGUUUGAAAGGUUCGAAAGAACUAAUGUUGACUCACGGUUAAGGCGCAUGCGUUUUAGUACAUAUUCUAGCCCAUACCCAAGUGACAUUUGUGGAUUUGUGUGUCAUUUAUCUUGUAGAAAAAGCCAGGGUUAUGUGUGUACAAAUGUGUGAGUUUCUUCAAUCGGUGGACCAUGACGUACGUUUCAGUUUGUAUUACAUGAAUUAUUUUGUUUCCUUCAUUUCGGUAAUUGCUGAGAGGAGUGAAUUUGUAAUGAAAUUAUUGGUUUUUAUUAUGAUAAUAGCUACACGAUCAAAACUAAGAGUCGGGUACAUGACUAAUCGGCGAAAAAAAGUUAUAAGCAGACAAAUCCACACCACACUCGAUUCUAAACGGCUUGUUCUGAAUUUACCUUACAACGAGAAAUUUUGUGGCAACUUUCAGGCACCACCUUAAUUAGGUUGAAAUUUUGAUUUCGCACUCGGAAAUGUCACCUGGGUUACCAAGACGUGCCAUGACGAUUUGUUAUUAUUCGUGAUGAAAAACUUUUAAAGAAGAUUUUCAUACAUCUGCGCUAUUUGUUUUUGGUGGCCGUGUUUUAUAUCAACUAGACAAACUAUUUUAUAGAAUAAUCAUAGGACUCAAGUAAUAAAGUUUUUAGUUUGAGUUGAUUGAGCAUGAUAUAGAGUGAUGUAAUUGAUGAAAUAAUUUGUUAAGAGCCGAUAUUUUAGUUAUAUGUUGAUAUAACCAUGAGUACUUCUUCAUACAUCAUUGGAUCUACCCAAGGGGAAGGAGAAAUAUUCUAUUCUACUUAUGAACCAACCAAUGAAGAAAUAAUUGAAUAUGCUGUAAAAAUCGGCAUAGACCCAGAAAAAGAGACUAGCAUAAUAUAUCUUGCACGUCAAGGAUUACUUCAUCCACUACCAGAUAACUGGAAGCCAUGUUACAGCAAGCAGGUUAAAGCAUAUUACUACUAUGAUCGGAUUACAAAAAAAUCACAGUGGGAACAUCCUAUUGAUGUAUUAUAUCGUGCAAAGGUGAUCGAUGCUAGAAAAGGGUUGAUUUGCGAUCAAUCUGAUUCCACAUCAUUUGGUGAUUCGGGAUUUCGAAGUUUGAAAUCGAAUAACAAUCAUGAAAACUUAAAUCAACUUUGUGUAAAAGAUCCUCCAGGUAAUGUUACAGACUACAAAUCAAAUGAAGUAAAGAAUGUGAAGUGUUCAAAUGGUGAUCUUGUGUUAAAAAAUGUGCAUUCAAAUUUUGCUACGAUGCUUACGACACAUAUACACCAAGAAGGUGUUUCCAAUAAAGAAAAUAAUAGUCAAGAUAAGAAGGUUAAAAACAAUAACGGUUUUGAGUCAGACAUGGAUUUUUCGAAAAAGAUAUCAUUUAACAUAGGACAUGACACAAAAACUGAAGCUCAUGAACUUGUUAAAAAUGUGGAUUACAGUAAUACAGUUGCGCAUCAUUCUUUUACGAUUACUGGAACCGGGACGCGAUUUUUAAAAUCAAACAAAAAGCUUGACAUUGAAACUCAAGAUUCAGUGCGGAAGCGUGAGUCAGAAAUGAAGGGUAUACUACGUGACACUAGUUUAACCUAUGUCCGUUCGAAAGGAUCUACUAAUGAUGAUUCUGGAAAUGAGGAAAGAAAAAGUGUUCGCUUUGAUAUUGAUACUAAUAAAUCAUUAAACGAAUCGAACAUUGAUAAAGAUGUGAUCGGUGUUAUUGAGUUAGCAUUUGACUCGAAAAAUGCAGCUCGAAAUGAUGAUGAUGAAGAUGAUAAUGAUGAUAAUGAUAAAAAUGAUAAUGAUGACGAUGAUGAUCACAAUGAUAAAAAUGAUAAUAAAGAUGAAAUCAUCGAUUGUCAUAGUCAUGUUGAAGAACGUUUCAAGCAUCAGGAACUUCCCGUUCCCGAUCAAGACUUGAAUGCUACUAGAGUAACCCCAUCAUCUUCUUCAGAAACAUCUGAACAAAAUUCCGAAAUCUUAACAGGAAUUGGUUUGACUAACCAUGAUAAAGAAGUAAAAGUAUGUUCAGCUGUAGUUUCCAUGGCUAUUCCGGAAAGUAAUGAUUUACUUGACGAAUGUGACGUAGAUUCACUGCAAAGUCUCAAUCAAUCAAUAAUUAAUCAAGAGCGCGAGCGUUAUUCUGCUAAAUUAGAGGAGGAGUUACGAUCCCUCGCCGAACGAGAAGAAAUUAAAAUGCAAAACGAACUACAAAAAACCCGUAAUCGAUACAAUACAUUACUUGUCAAAGAGAAACAACGCCUGAAAGAUAUGCACCAGCAAAAUAUCAAUGAAAUAAAAGAAUUUUACCAAGUGAAAUUGAACGAAAUGAAAUCUGAUUAUGAGGCGGAAAAUACCAAAGAAUACGCUGUGUUCCAAGAGACAUUGCAGGAAGAGUUUGAUCGGCUCGUUAAAGAGGUAACCGAUAGCCACAGAACCACGAUGGCAACAUUACAAAAAAAUCAUGAUGAAAUUGUAGAAGAGCUAGAACGUGAUUUGAAAAUGGAAGAAGACUUACUUAAAAAGGAGCACAGCACCAAACUAUCAGAGAUUAAAAUUAAAUUAGGUUAUGAGCUGGAAAUGGAACGACAGCGUAUGCGGGAGACGGGAGAGAACAGAUUGUACGAGAAAGUGCGCUGUGAAAAACGAUUACUUGAGGACAAGUAUAAAUGUUUAAAAGAAAAGUAUACGCGUUUGAAGACAGAUGUACGCAUUUCAUUAGACCGACGUAAAAAAAGACGCGAACAACAACAACAACAGCAACACAGUUUGCUUAGCAACAGCUACGAAACAGACGAUCGUACAAACUCGAAACCGUUACCAUCCCACUCCUAUGAAAUAGAGAAAAGAGAAUCGGGAUCGUCAUCGAAUGCACUAGUAAAAUCAGAAAAAUUGACUCCUAGCAAUUUGCAAUAUCCGAUUGCGGCACCAAAACGAUGUUUUGCUUUAGAUGAAAAUUAUACAACAAAUUCUAAGCACAGUAUGCCAAACAUAAGUGAUAAUGGAUCGGUCGAUCCCAUAAAAUCACCGUGUGUACUGCAUCAUUUCAGUAAUAACAACAAUAAUAGAAACAACAACAAUAAUAAUAAUAAUCAUAAACAUCAUAUAGAAGGUUUGAAAUUGAGCAAGACAAAAUAUCUUCAGCACAACUUCCUAGUAAAUAAUAUAUUUACCAGUAUCCAGCACGAGGACAAUUUUAGUUCAGAUUCUGAAUUCCAUCAGAUGAAUUUCGAUAAUAAAGAAGUAGAUAAUUCCUGUAGUAGUACCCAGGCUGGCGCUGCACUAAGCCGUCCUAAACGUAAAAUUUUUACCAAAACCAAAUCAUCAUCUACGUCUAAGCUGAACUCAACUAAGCACGAACGUGAAAUAAGUGCUAGACCUUGCACGCCGGUAGAAAAUCUUCGCAUACAGCUCAAAAAGUUGGAAGAGCUGGAAGACCAAAUUCCUGAUUGUAAUAUCGAUGCAACUUACCAUUUAAGAUAUCCGUUCAUCAAUAACAUUAAUAAUGUUGAAAACAGUGACACUAAUGCUUGCAUUCAUGGUGAAACAAGCCGAAAAGCUACUGGCACAGAUACAGACAGAAGUGAACUAGAGUUUUUUAAACACCGUAUCUUACUUGAACGAGAUUCUGUCAUAAGAGCAAAGGAAUCUCUACGUACACAAAAAAAAAUAUUCAAAUCUAAACAACACGAUGUUGCAGUAAAGCAUGCAAUGCAAAAUAAGCAAACGAUGGAUCAAAUAUGUCAAGAAGAGAAAGAAUUAACCGAAAUGGAAGUGUCACUCCACCGUACUCGUGCAUUACUGGGCGAGAAAGUAAUUAGAUUGAAGCAUCUUGAAAAUUCAUUAAACAAACUGUCCGAGAAAGAUCAUCCCAUGCGACAUUCUCCCAGAGAUAUUCAUUUAAAGCCCAAAGAAACUCUUAGUGAUUUGUCGUCAUACUCGAGUUCUGGUUUUAGCAGCACUGAUGUUCCAACUACUGAACACCAUUACGGUCACUUGCAAGUGAAACAGACAUCAACAAAUGUUGACGCGACAGAUACACUAUUACAUCUAAAGCAUUUACAUACAGAGAUACGGGAAAUCUGGAGUUUAUUGAAUCCAACCAAUGCCAUAGCGACAAUGGAAUUCGACGAGAUAGAUUUUCUUAACAACGACGCAACUGAAGUUCACCCCAAACAAUUAGGUGACGCGAUUCUACUCUCAAACUCCACGGCUUCAACUUGUAUGACAACCACCAUGCAUGCGAUAGGACAGCAUUCAAAUUCAUCUAAAAUUAAUAAUCAACAUCACUACACGCUUACUCUUCUCGAAAAAACGCGCGAUCUUAAAAAUUGGUUACGUCAAGCAAAAACUGAACAUGACUUGUUAAAGAAACAAUCUUUUACGUUUUCUGAAACAAACACUCAAGUUUAAGUCUGGAACAAAGCACCAAACGAAGAAAAAUAGCUGAAUAAUGUCAAAGAUUAUUUUCAAACCAUACUUAUAUUACAUGAAACAUGCGGUUGUAUUCUUGCAAAAAGUUGUUUAAUAAACUAAACUAGGGUAAAUGUACCAGUAUUGGGCAGGUUAGUGCAGCAGUUUCACUAAAACUGUUGGUACACUUACAAUUUUUAUUAUUUUUUAUGAAAGUGACAUUAUUUUGAGCGAUAAACUAUCGUAUUAUGUUGUGCUAUUUCUUAAUUGACGAUUUGAAUGUAUUUUUUAGAGAUAUUCGUGAAAAUGCACAUAGUGUUUUUGAUCCUUUUUUCGGCAGUUUGGUCCUAUUAUCGGCAGGCUGUGCUCCUAUUUUCUGCAACGCGGAUACAGGUCAGAAAAUGUUUUAAUCAAUGCCAAUAGGUAGACAGAAAUUUUUAAAUCAGUUUUACACUCUACUUUUCUAAGUGUGUUGAAAAUUACUUAAACUAUUAAUUUUAUGUUGUCCAUGUUGGGCAUCUUGCUGACAAUUUUUACAGUCAUUUUGAUUUGAGUUACAAACAAAGUAGGCACUGGAGAAAUGAGACUGCCUGACGGCUAUAGAGUACGGCUAAGACUGGCUCACAAACUAUUAUUUUUCUCUCAAGUUAUUGGAUUAUUUAUAGUGAAAUUGUAAUAUUUGAUACAAGAAAUGUGGUUUUAUGUGUUGACAUACGCAGUGUAGUGUUUCAUCAAGAUUCAAAUGAAUAUUCAGCAAAAUCAAACGUGUGUUAUUGUUCCAAGUUUCUGCAGGAGCCCACAGCAUUGAUCUGUCAAAAAUCAACAUUUAUCGUGUACCUAUUUUCGGCAGCAUUUAAAGUGAAUAACUAUUUGUUUUUCGUGAUUUUAAAAUUCCUAGCGGGCUAGAAUAAAUUCUUUCUUAAAACCAUAGAAUCUUUCAUAAAAACCACACUUUCAUUGUUUUAGUGCUCUGGUUCUCUUUAUAAUGAAACCUGCCGAACUAUUGGUUGACAGCAAAUCUACCGAAAAACUGUGAACUCUGCACAUUUUGUUUGAUAUUUUGAAAUGUGUAAAUAAUGUGAUACUUCGUAUAUGAAUAACAAAUGACUAUAUCUAUAUUUAAAAAAUAUAUAUGGAUACUAUUUUCAAUGUGUUUUUGCGUAAUUACACGUUUUUAGUUAUCCUGCCGAAAACAGGUACACUGCCGAAUACUGGUACAAUCACUUUAUUUUCCAAAUCUCUCGCUUCAGUAAUUUGUCAAGUGUUUUCAAUUUUUUUUUAUCCAAUACAUACUGUUACAAGACUUUUGUUUUAUAUUCAAAGAGCUUAGAAUCAAUUAUUGUAAUAUAACUAAAACCGUCUAGGCUGAAUCGACCAGAAUACAGACAUGUUAAGCAAUAUUUGUAAAGCAUAGAAAACGAUAAGAAAAAUAUGCUUUUUUUACAAUUCCUGGCUAGAUUUGUUUAUCAUAUUAAACUUGUUCAACAUAUUCUUUAAAAAAAUCAAAACAUUUUAGCUAAUAAAACUUGUUCAAUAAUCUUCAUAGCUGCUCGAGGUAGAAAAUACAAGAAACCUUAAAAUAAUCAUUACCAAAGCUGGUUUUCGCCAUUUACAACAAUAAUGUAGUCGCUGACCGUAAGCAUGCAAAUAAAUUUAAUAAAUAAAGUUACUAAAACAAAUACAUUGA